UUAUUCUUUUCUUCAGUGUUGAGCUUUCUUGUAAUGUAAUGUACAUCACGUAGUAUGGUUAGUGAAAAAACCUUGAAACCCAUGAACAUAUAAAAAUAUUUAUUUAUAUAAAAAAAUAAUGGUGAAUUUUUGGUGUCUUUAUUUUGGGAUUUCUUGUUUUUAUUCACAUUUAUGAAAAAGUAUAAAUCUUUUUUACUUUUUAUGUAAUUUGUAGGGUCUUUUUUUUAUUCAUAUUCUUUUUUGGGUAAUUUUGUAACUCUUCCUUAUAUUUACCAGUUUUCCAAGAUUUGAUUUUUACCCAUUCAUUGGAAUCAAGUGAAAAAGAUUGAUCUUUUCUUAUUCUUUUUAUAUCUUUUGGAAUUUAAUUUGGUGAAAGUUGAGGUGUGAAUAGUUUGUUCUGAUUCUGUCAGUACAAGAAUUUGCUUACGUGAAUCAUUGAUUACAGAAAAGGGGUGGUAAGUUUAGGGUUGAAUGGUAUUAAGAGAGUGAUUACAGUUUGUGUUAGCUGAAUUUCUCCAUGAUCUUGGAGAUUUCUACAAUCCAGAAACAGUGCGUUUGUCAUCUUCACAGCGAGGCCUUUAUAACCGAAGAGCCUACCACUGCACCAGUUCAAUAAGCAUUGAUCAAUUAUAAAAUAUUUGACAAGGUGAAGGUUAUAUACUAUCCUCCAGGCAUAAAAUUAGGGGUAUUUGUGCUCAAGGGUGCAUCUAAAAAAAGGAGCAUGAAGGGACGUCCUCCUAGACAGGCUCCAAAAGGUGAAAAUAACAUUGAUACUUCAGGAAGCCCUCGUAGUCGGAAGGUAUCAGCAAGAUGGAGUCCUGGUGAAGCGUGUAGGCCCACAUUACAGGAAGCUCCUGUGUACUAUCCAAAUGAUAAGGAGUUCAAAGAUCCACUUGGUUAUAUUGCAAGCAUCCGCCACAUCGCUCAACAGUAUGGCAUAUGCAGGAUUGUACCACCUGCAUCCUGGAGUCCACUGUGUCCACUUAGAGAGAAGAGUGUGUGGGAACAUGCUAAAUUCUCGACUCGAAUCCAGCAAGUUGAUUUACUUCAGAAUAGGGAGCCCAUGAAAAGGAAAAAAACCAGGAAAAGGAAAAGGCGAUCGCACUCAAAGAUGGGAUCAACAAGGAGACAACCCAGAUCUCAAGAUUCUGAAUCAAAUACUCAUUCAGACAGCAGCGAUGACAAGUUUGGGUUUCUGUCAGGGUCUGAAUUCACAUUUGAGGAAUUUGAGGCAUUUGCCAAAGAGUUUAAAGAGUUAUAUUUUGGGACUAAUGAUAAUGAGGUUUGGAGACCCUCCAUCGAAGAAAUUGAAGGGGAGUAUUGGCGCAUCAUUGAGAAGCCAACAGAUGAAGUUGAGGUGUAUUAUGGAGCUGAUCUUGAAACUGGGGUAUUCGGCAGUGGAUUCCCUCUAGAAUCUUCAUCUCCAAAAGCUAGUACUUCAGAUCAGUAUGCAACUUCUGGUUGGAACUUAAACAACUUACCGCGCCUACCAUGUUCUGUGUUGUGCUUUGAGGAGUGCAAUAUCUCAGGAGUUCUGGUCCCAUGGCUGUAUAUUGGAAUGUGCUUGUCAUCAUUUUGUUGGCAUGUUGAGGACCACCAUCUUUAUUCUCUGAAUUAUAUGCAUUGGGGUGAGCCGAAGAUUUGGUAUGGGGUUCCAGGAAGUCAUGCUUCAGCCCUGGAGGACGCAAUGAGAAAGCAUUUGCCAGAUUUGUUUGAGGAACAACCUGAUUUGCUUCAUGAACUGGUGACUCAGUUAUCUCCUUCAGUUUUGAAGUCAGAGGGUGUACCAGUGUACCGUGCCGUUCAGAACGCAGGGGAGUUUGUGCUCACAUUCCCAAGAGCCUAUCAUUCUGGAUUUAACUGUGGGUUCAACUGUGCAGAGGCUGUUAAUCUAGGCCCUGUGGAUUGGUUAGAGCAUGGUCUAACUGCUGUAGAGCUCUACAGUAAGCAGUGUCGUAAAACUUCUCUCUCGCAUGAUAAGUUGCUUAUAGGAGCAGCUAGUGAAGCUAUCCAGGCGCUCUCAGCUGUUAAGAAUCUCAACAAGACAGACUUGAGAUGGAGAAGUUAUUGUGGGAAGGAUGGGAUCCUAACCAAAGCUAUUAAGAGAAGAAUCGAAAUAGAGGAGGAAAGAAUGGAGCAACUUGUACCUCCUGUACAACUGCAAAAGAUGGAUAAAGAUUUUGCUUUGAAAGAUGAGCAGGAAUGCUUUUCCUGCUACUAUGACUUGCACCUUUCUGCGGUUGUUUGCAAGUGUUCCCCGGAACAGUUUUCAUGUCUUAAACAUGCUAAUAGCAUGUGUUCCUGUGAACCAGAGGACAAAAGUAUUCUUGUCCGAUACGACAAGGAUGAAUUGAACACACUGGUGCAAGCAUUGGAGGGGAGAAUGGAUGCUAUUGAGCAAUGGGCUUCCAAGAAUUUAGCCUUCCGUUCUCUAAAUAGGAAGCAGCCUAACUUGGUGAAGUUGGAUUCAGAGAGGGAUGAAUUGGAAAUAGACCCCUCGAUGAAAAAUGAUGGCUUCUCAGGUUUGUUGAGAGAGCUAAACCAUAAUUCAAAGAAGCACUGCAGCUCAUGCUCUGAUGAUGCAACCACCUCGUAUUCUUCGAACCACGGUAGUGGCAAGAAGUUAUUUGGUGUUGAUCUUUCAGUGUGUUCUCCUGGUGUUCGACAAAAUGGAAUACUUGAGUCUGAAAAGGAUUCGCUGAGCACCAAGACUUCUAAACAAAAGCUUUUGUAUCAUGUUGACCCUCUAAGUUUUGGGUCAAUUGCCUCGGGAAAGCUUUGGUGCAAUAAGCAGGCAAUAUUCCCCAAAGGAUUUAGAAGCCGUGUUAAGUUCUUCAGUGUGUGCAAUCCCGAGAUAACUUGUAGCUAUAUAUGUGAGAUCCUGGAUGGUGGACUCCUUGGACCUCUAUUCAAGGUUAGCUUAGAAGACUGUCCAGAUACGAAUUUUGUGUGUUCAUCAACGGAGAAAUGCUGGGAAUUGGUCUCACAGAGAGUAUGCGAAGAACUAACAACGAAAAUAAAUCUAGGAAAGCAAGAUCUGCCACCAUUGCAACGUGACACAGAAGGCAUCAAUGGUCUUGGAAUGUUUGGGUUACUCUCACCACAGAUAGUUCAGACUAUUGAAGCUCUUGAUGUAAACCGCCAAUGUCUGGAGUACUGGAACAAGAAGCAAAAACUAAAGGACAGGCGUGAUGUCAAAGAGACUUCCGGUUCAGUGGAGUCUCUCGUGUCAAGACCUGCUACGGUGGAAAGAGGCCAGUGUUCGGGAAUCAAGGUGGGCUAUCGUUCAUCUGACACUGAGUUACAGCUAAUUCUUAGAAGGCUUCUAAGUAAAGCAGAUGCGGAAGAGCUGAGGAUACUGCACGAGAUCUUGUGCAGUGGAUCGACAAGCCCGGAGUGGCAAACAGCAUUUGCAACAUUGACUCAAGAGAUCCAGAGGAAAGUGUAAAUUUUAGGAUCUCUCAUUCUUUUGUCUAAGUAGGGUGCUUAAUUCUUUUGAAUAUUAGCAUAAGGAGGGCAGGGAAUUUAAUGUUAGUUGCAACUUGCUCAUGUUAUACAAGCUUUUUGCUUUUGAAUAGGCCAGCAAACAACUGCAGUUUGCUUUUCUUUUAUACAAGUAGAAAAAAAAAAGUAAGUUUACUGUUAGAAAUGUCUCAUUUUCUUUUCCUAUUAUAGGUUUGUUCUAAAAAGGUCCAA